ACUGUGGGCAAGAGGGACGCUUUCUUUCUCAUCUGCAGGCGGUGAGGACGCGGCAGCGCGGAGGCAACGGUCGAGCUGGCGGAACGACGGGGCGGGCGGCAUUGGAAGAAGAUUGCAGACUGGAAAUUCAAACCAAGCUCCACAUCUCACAGAAUCACUCGAUUCACUCAAACCCGAGUGUCAUCGGCCUCCGACUGCAGAAAGAGCAACAGUUUCUGUUCUGCCGCAAGGAGAAGGUAUCAAACGUCAGUCUGACUGGAAAAGCAACCAGACACAUAAACAGUUCUGAGUGAGAGUGUUCUAUCACACAUCCUGAGAAAGAUGUCACAUAUUUGCAGCUGAGACAACUUGUAAACUUAUGUGCGAGGCUUCAACUGAUCAUCCAAAGUGGAGAGACACAAGGACAUUGCGCCAUGGAGAAACCAUGGAAAUGUGGCGACUGUGGAAAAGGGUUCAAUUACCCAUCUCAACUGGAGGUUCAUCGGCGCAGUCACACUGGGGAGAGGCCAUUCACCUGCUCUGUCUGUGGGAAGGGGUUCACCCAUUCCUACAACCUUCUAACACACCGGCGAGUUCACACUGAGGAAAGGCCGUUCACCUGCCCUGUGUGUGGUAAAGGAUUUGCUCGAUCAUCCCACAUUGUGACUCACCAACUUGUCCACACUGAUAAGAGACCAUUUAAAUGCCCAAACUGUGAGAAGAGUUUUAAAUGCAGAAAGGAUCUAAUGACACAUCAACGUAUCCACACUGGGGAGAGGCCAUUCACCUGCUCUAUCUGUGGGAUGGCAUUCACUCAGUCAUCCCACCUUCAGACACAUCAACUUGCUCACUCUGACAACAAACUUUUUAAUUGUUCUGACUGCGAGAAGAGCUUUAAAAGCAAAAAGGAUCUGCUGACACACCAGUAUACUCACACAGGGGAGAGGCCAUUCACCUGCUCUGUGUGUGGGAAGGGAUUCGCUCGUCCAUCUGGCCUACUGUAUCACCAGCGGAUUCACACAGGGGAGAGACCAUUCACCUGCUCUGUGUGUGGGAAGGGAUUCAUUAAUUCAUCCAAUCUUCUGAUACACCAGCAACUUCACACAGGAGAUAGACCUUUCACCUGCUCUGAAUGUGGAAAGGGAUUCACCCGUUCAUGUAAUCUUCUGACACAUCAGCAGGUUCACACGAAGGAGAAGCCUUUCACCUGUCCUGUGUGCGGGAAGGGAUUCACUCGAUCCUCCAACCUGAUGAAUCAUCAGCGAGUUCACUCUGGAGAGAGGCCCUUCACUUGUCCAACGUGUGGGAAGGGAUUCACUCAGUCAUCCAACCUGCAGACACACCAGAGGAUUCACACUGGGGAGAGGCCGUUUGCCUGCUCUGAAUGUGGGAAGGAAUUUUCUCAUUCAUCCUACCUGGUGAAACAUCAGCGAGUUCACACUGGGGAGAGGCCGUUCACCUGUAAUGUCUGUGGGAAGGGAUUCAUUCAGUCUUCCCAUCUGCUGACACACCAGCGAGUUCACAAGCAAGUGCAAAGUUUGGAUUCUGCACUUGCCGAUGCUGCUAGUCAUAUCCAGGACUGAACCAUGUUCAUUCUGAUGAUCCUGAUUUGUUGACGAGUUUUUAUGUUCUGCAUAAAUGAAAAAAUUAUUCACCUUUUCUGAGACAUUUUUGUAAUCUUUGUCUUUCCCAUCUGAGUGUUUAACAUGAGGCUAGAAUCAUAAAGGACAAUGUGGGAGGAGGGUUGUGUGUCAGAAACUGAUCUGUCCAUCAGGGUCACACUGAGAGGGAUAAAUGUGACUUUAAUCAUUCUCAUUUCUCUUCACUCACAGCUGACUCCUCAUGAGGACAACCUUGAGGUGCAUAAUAAAUUGGUCUCAGCCAUUGCUUUUCUUGGCUCAGAUCUCCAAGGCACAGAACAGCAACUCCCUUGCAGACGUGUUUCAAGUCAGGGAGAAUGACCGUGAAUGCUGGGAACAAGCUGAAAUAACAGAGAUUUGUAUCAAAACUAUGAUCUGUUUCAUAACACAGUCCAAAAAAGCUGUUGAUGCUGGAGAACUGUGUGUGGUUCUAAUCUAUUCUGACUGAAAGUGAAACGGCAGGUUUAAUUUUCAAGUCUAAAAAUGGCACUUGAUAAUUCUAUAACAUUGGAACCUGUAUGUGUUACAAUCUUGAUUUAUUGAACAGAAACACAUUAGUUACCAUCCGUAGUAAAAUUGAAGAUGGAUGUAUACAUAGGUGUCUUUUACAAUGAUAAUAGUUUCAGUCCAGAUAAAGAAGGGACGGCAUUGAGUCUAAGACUUUCUAUUGACACACUCCCCAAACACUGACGUUUAAAUAUACCUCAUCCCUGCUGGUGAGUUAAUAUGAUCUGGAAUGCAUUCCAUGAAAGAUUGAAGGAAACAAAUCGACUAGGAACUUUGAAAAUGAAAUGGGAAGUACAGUUGAAAAGGAAAGCUUCUAAUGACUUUGUAGAAAGAUUGGCAAAUGGAACAGUUGUUUCAAACAGCUGACUGGAUGGGCCAAGUGCUCUUGUUCUCCUGUCCAAUGCCAUCGUUCAAGGGAUUUCACUCACAUCAAUCCAAAUCAAUGCAAUUUCAUUCUUGAAGUUGCUGUUUGAGUUAUUAGCAUGUGGAAAAUUAGCAGCAGCAAUCUUACCCAAUGUUAUUGUCAAGCUACAGUUUUGAAUCUGAUUUUCAGAAUCACUGGAAUGUGCGUUUGUCUCUAUUUUGGCAAAUGUUGGGGUUGCAGGCAGAAAGUUCAGUUAUCAAGCAAAAAUGAGCAGGACUUUGCACCGUAACAAAUUAUUUACCCCAAUCAAUAAAAAAAAUCAUACACUAGAUACUGAUUUUACCCUCAAUUGUAUCUGAUUGUCAGCAAACAAUGAAACUAGAAGCAGUGACAUCUAUGGACUCGUAUAUUUUAUCACAAACAACUAAUAAUUGACUUUCACAUUCAAAUAUGCAGUAAACUCUCAAUUGUCGAACAGCAUUAUCCAUGCUGUAGUUUUUAUCAGUGGGAAUAAUGAUAGUGGAGGGUUGGUCCUGCCCAGUUGCAAUGUUCACUUCAGUAAGUAUUAAUCCAGACGUUGUUGUGACAGUCUGGAUAGCCAAUUGAUGAAGUAAGAAACCAGACCCGGUCAUUACUGGGAUAAUCUGGCACAGAUUUACUUAUUGAGAGUGAAACAUGACAGGACAGCCCUCUUGUGGUGUCAUGGUCCCCAGAAUAGGGAGAUCUGAGUUCAAGUCCCACCUGCUCCAGAUGCGUGCAAUCACAUCUCUGAGCAGUUUGAUUUGGGAAGUUGGUUGUUUUUCCCUUUUAAAAAUUUGCAACAUUGCAGGUAUGCAGUCCCCAUCUCCCCAUUGUUUCUAUGUCAGUUUAUGAUUAUUUUUCAUCAACCUGUUCAGGCAGGCGAUGUGAAACCUGAGGCAAUUGGAAUUUUAACCUGCACCUUCCAGACUGGAGGUAGGGAUUCCGCCAUUGCAUCUCAAAAGCUCUUUAGUUUCAAAGAAGGGAGACAAUAAUUGUGUCAACUGAGCUUCAGUACUUAACACUGAGCAUGGUGAAUGCAUGGUAUUUGCAGAGAGACACGGAGAAAGUAUAAGUGGAUCAAGGGUGACAUUGAAUUAAAAUGCAGAGACCAUCAGCAAUCUGUAUGUUUGUUCUUGAUUCUGUCAGUAUGAGGUCACCCUCACAGACAGGAUGUCUGUUCAUGCUGAUAACAAUAAAAUGACCACUUGCUCCAUUCUCAGGUGGCACAACUUCCUGUUUCUCUGCUGCCAGUUCGAAACCGCACAUGUCACUUCUCAGCAGAUAAUAAAUGCGGGACCACUAUCAGGUGGAAACAUCUGGUCACAGGGUCAGUGCAGAAUCCUGCCGAUCACAUUG